AUGGCCAGUAGGCUGGAGCGUCUGGGGAGUCCGGCACCGUUUCUGCAGUUGACGACUUUUCCCGCCCACGGUCGUGGGUCUGUAGGUGAUGACUGUUGGAGACACGACAGCGGUGAUGACAGGCCUGCAACAGGACGCCUCAUCGUUUCUCCGGCCCCGCAUGGUGAUGGAGUGGGUGGUGAGUGGUGCUGUGAUGUGCGAGGGUCACCAGUACACCGUGCACUUUCCUGGUCCUAUCAAACGGAGGCUGAUAGAUCGCGUGGUGCUGAAAACUUUUCUGUUACAAAUGGGACGCUCUCACCUAUUGUAGCUGCUGGAAUGGUUGGUGCUGCCUCGGCUACGUGUUUUGUUUCACCUGAAUUAGCCACGUGUGAUAAAGAGGAAGUAAGUGAAAGAAAAGAAAGAUUUUCUUCAUCUGGCAGGAGGUCUGUGGUGCUUCGCGCCAAAGAGGAUGACCCUCCCGUCUGGGUCUCGCCCCACCGUGUCGAUUGCAGCAGUAGCAGUCCACACGAAGGAAAUGAUGUUGACAAACCGUGCUCCACAUUUCACCCAUACUCUACUCUUCAGCAGAGCAACUCACAACCGGUGGUAGCCGUUUCUGUACUGUUGGAAAUGAUGAGUGCAAUACAACAUUCCAUUCAACAGCUCGGCAGUGAGGUAAAGGAAUUAAGACUCACCUUAGAGACUGUAAAGAUAAAACUUGAAAAUGGUGGGCGUGAACAUUCUGCACAGCAUGACACCACAGAACCAUUGGGAGGGUCAGCUGCAGCAGUGCAAAACGAAUGCAAUCACAUACGGCCUUCAACAUUCAUCCCUCCCCCCAGUUCUCCUCCUUCUUCUUGGGACUCAUGUUGUCUCUCAACUCACUCUUCUCCCCCUUUAAGAGGUUCAGAGGCUCUGCUAGACGCGGAUAUCGUUAAAGCAAUGACAGAUGGACUGAAGGAGCUCGAAUCACUCCCUUGCUCCCUCCCGGCUGGACAUCGUCUUGCGAUAGAAAAGUUCCAUAAUCUCUGCUGUGGUCGUGGAUUGACCGGUUAA